AUGGAACGAGUUUGCAUAACGGGUGGCGGUGGAUACUUUGGACAAUCUGUGGCCGCCGAAUUCCAAAAAGAGGGUUUCCAUGUAAACCUUCUGGACAUGUUUUUCGAGGAUACCCCACAAAAUAUCACACUCGAUGAGAAGAAGCUAACGAAAUUCAAGGGUUCAAUACUCGACGAGAAACUGCUGGAAGAGUCGCUGAAAGAUUGCACAUCUUGUGUGCACAUUGCUGCCUAUGGAAUGGGCGGAAAUGGAGCGCUGAACAAAAAGCUCGUUUUCGCGACGAAUGUCGAUGGAACAAAUCUGGUGAUCGAGAAAUGCCAGAAAUACGGAAUUAGACGAUUUAUAAAUUCGAGCAGUGUCGGCGUGAUUUUCACCGAUAAGGAGCUGAAUUUCGCCAAAGAAACGCAACCCUAUCCGAAAAAGUACUACUCCUACUACAGUGAAUCAAAAGCGAUUGCUGAGAGACUCGUGAAAGAGAGAAACUCAGCUUCGUUCACAACCGUUUCUCUGCGAUAUCGAGGGAUUUUUGGGCCCGGCGAGCCGCGAUCAACGAAUCGAGCUGCGGAAAUCAUCUAUCGAGGUCUCUUUUUCGCCAAAAUCGAGCACAGUCAACCGGCUUACACUCAAUUCAGUGGACUUUACAAUACAGCCAGGGCAUGUUUCCUCGCUGAUAAAGCCAUCAGAGAACGGCCAGAGCAAGUCGGCGGUAAAGCAUAUCACAUUGUUGAUGGGGGACCACCGGUGGAAAGCUGGCGAUUCUUUAACCCUUUAUGCAAAGUUUUAAAUCGUUCUGAGCCAUGGCUGCGUCUCCCUUUCUGGCUGGUUUUCUAUUUUGCGUGGUUGAGCGAAAUUGGACAUGAAUAUUUCGGUCUACCCUCAACAUUAUUGCGUCUAGAGGUGGCUCUUGUUGGCAUUACAAACACUUAUUCAAUCGAGUCGGCGCGUCGAGAUUUAGACUACAAUCCGAUACAAAAUCAUGAUUUAACAGAGGUGUGCGCCUACUACAAGAAGUUCUACGAAACGAAUCCGAGUUUCCGGCUAGAGUGGAUGAAAAUCUUCAUUUCCUUACUCAUUUCCACGUUUUUCAUUUUUUACUUUUUCUGG